UAACUAAUUAAAAUGUUGCAUUUAAUGUGCAAUAUAUAUAAUUUCAUUUCACACAUAAUAAAAUUCAUUAUCUAUUCAAUCAAUUUUGUUAUUAAGUUGUGGGUAAUAAGUAUUGUAACAUUGAACAAUGAAGACUUUACUGUGGAUUACAAUGGCGCUCAUGAUGCUACAUACUUCGUAUUCUUACAUACUCUUGACUGCCAAUAUGGAAGACGUACACGCGCUCGCUAAGCAGAUGGCUACGUCGCCGGUUGUUCAUGAAAUCGGAAAAAUAUGGCGUCGGGCUUCUAAUCAGUUUCGGAGGGCAAUCGCUCAUGAUACACGCAGGCAUGGUGCCAGUGAUGAUGAUGAAGGUAAUUCCAAGGAGACGGAUUGGGACCGAAAUACGAGAAGAAUUGUAAGGGAUAUAAUAGCUUUUGCCAAGAACACGGGUUACCUCGGUCCUAUGAAGCGCGCCAUGGAAAUCAUUGACCCCAAGUUAAAAAAUAAUCAAUAAAAAAAUAUUGACAUCGAAUAAAUGUUUCAAUCUAUACAAAACAUGAAACUGUAAAGUUACCGUGUCUGUAAGUUGACAUUAAAAAUAUUCGCAAACGAAAAUGUUUAAAGUAUUUUUAAAUGAUUAAAAUGAUGCGUUAAACUUUGAUUGGUUUUUAUAAAUGUUCAUGGAAAUAAAACGUCAUCGUACAUUGUA